UCCCACCCGCUUCCAGUCCGCCGCCUACGAGCUGAUCUUCCCGGAGGCGGAGAGCGCCGCGGUGUCGGUGGGGCGAGACAGCGGAGAUAUCACCGUCACCCGGAGGCUGGACCGGGAGGCAGAGCCGGUGCUGGAGCUCACCGUUAAGAUCCAAGAUAAGCAAGGCCCGGACUGGUACCUGAACAAGGUGAAGCUGAAAAUCAUUGAUGUCAACGACAAUGUUCCUGAGUGGAGUAUGAAGCCGUAUCCGUACUUGGCUGUUGUUCCUCCCGAUGCCCCCAUGGGAACGUUUGUCUACCAGCUCCAGGCUCGUGACGGGGAUGAGGGCAGGAGCGGGGAAGUGGAAUAUUUCCUGUCAGACGGGGGGGACGGCUGCUUCGCCGUUGACAAGAAGACAGGCCAGGUGGUGACCACAGGACUGGUGUUUCAGAAGGACCGCGAGUACUUGUUAAGCGUGGUGGCCCUCGACGGCAUGGGGAGCCACAGCGUGCCGGCCAUGCUCUCCGUCGUGGCGGGGGCCAGGCCGCCACAGUUCACCAACAGCAGCUACUCCAUCUCCAUACCAGAGAACACGCCUGAAGGACAGCCCUUCCUGGUGGUGUCGGCCGUUUCCUUCCAGAAGCUCCAGAUCAGCUACAGCCUCCUGAUCAAUCCCAGCAGCCUUUUCAGCAUCCGCCCGGAGACGGGCGAGAUCAGCCUGACCCGGACGCUGGAUUACGAGAGCGACCAGCGGCGCUACCUCCUGAUGGUGCGAGCCAGGGAGGAGGUCCCCGACAGCCUGAGCACAGCCACAGAGGUUCAGGUGUUCAUAACGGAUGAGAAUGAUUGUGUCCCGGAGUUCUUCCAGUCCAUCUACAGCGUGGAUGGAGUCCCUGAGACCGUAACCACGGCAACGUCCCUGCUGCAGGUUCUGGCCACCGACUGCGACUCGGGGUUAAACGCCGAGCUCACUUAUUACACCCUGAGCCCGGAUUUCAGCAUUUCCCCCCACGGGACCAUUUUCCCCGCGAGGCGGCUGGACUUCGAGAGGCCCAACCAUCUGUACGAGUUUGUGGUGAUGGCGGUGGACGGAGGCGACGAGCCGCACUCGGGAACGGCGACGGUCCGCGUGAGGAUGGCCAACGUCAACGACGAGGCUCCGGAAUUCUCCCAGCCCGUAUACCGAACGUUCGUCUCCGAGGACGCCGGCCCCAACACGCUUGUUGCAACAGUUUUGGCCAAAGAUCCAGAUGGAGAUGGCAUCACAUACUCCAUAACAGCCGGCAACGAGGAAGCAAACUUCGUCAUUGACAGCCUGAAAGGGCUGAUUCGUCUCCGCUCCACGCCCCUGCCAAAGCUCCAAGGUUUGGAGUACGUCCUUAAUGUAACAGCCACCGACGACAAUGCAUCAGGCGGGCCACACCCCCUGUCCUCCACCGCCCGGGUCAUCGUCGGAGUCGACGAUGUCAACAAUAACAAACCUGUUUUUGAGGAGUGCACGCAGUACCGGGAGCAGGCAUCCGUGCUGGAGAACCAGCCAACAGGGACGUUCGUCCUGCAAGUGCACGCCGUGGAUGCAGAUGAGGGAGCCAAUGGAAAAGUCAAAUACGGCCUAAUGCACAGAGACAGCGCCACUCCUGCUUUCCGGAUCUACCCAGACACAGGAGUGAUCGUGACAGCGCGGCGCUUCGACAGGGAGCGGCAGAGAGAGUACUCUAUUACAGUCACUGCCACAGACUGGGCCGAGGAGCCUCUCAUUGGCAUCUGCCAGCUCACCGUCCAGAUACUCGAUCAGAAUGAUAACAGCCCCAAGUUUGAGAAUCUGCGCUACGAGUACUUCCUAAGAGAAGACACUCUGGUCGGGACCAGCUUCCUGCGCGUGGCGGCUCACGACGAUGACUUCGGCUCCAACGCGGCCAUCCUGUACUCCAUGUCGCAGGAGCAGCCAGAGUACCUGCAGGUCAACCCGGUCACCGGCUGGGUUUACGUCAACCAGCCCAUAUCUCAGACCACAUACAUCACUCGGGACAUCAUAGCCACCGACGGAGGAAACCGCAGCACCUCCGUGGAGCUGGCGGUCACCAUCACCAACGUGAAGAACCAGCCGCCACAGUGGGAGAAGGACAGCUACAGCGUGGUCAUCCCCGAGAACACGCCCAGGGACACGCCCAUCGUGACCAUCAAAGCCACCUCCCAGCUCCGUGACCCCCGGGUGACCUACAACCUGGAAGACGGGAUGGUUCCGGAAACCAACAUGCCGGUUCGGUUCUACCUCUCCCCCAACCGGGAGGACGGCUCUGCGUCGAUCCUGGUGUCCGAGCCUCUGGACUACGAGACCACGGCCUUUUUCUCGCUGCAGGUUCGGGCGCAGAACGUGGCUGCUGUGCCUCUGGCUGCCUUCACCAGAGUUUAUGUCAACAUCACAGAUGUCAACGACAAUGUUCCCUUCUUCACGUCUUCCAUCUACGAGGCUUCGGUGACAGAAGGAGCUCAUGUCGGGACGUCGGUUCUUCAGGUUUCUGCUCACGACAAAGAUCUGGGUCUGAACGGAGAGAUCACGUACAGCCUGCUGAACGACAGCAGCGGCGACCACCGCCUGUUCCGCAUCGACCCGAAGUACGGCGUCAUCUUCACCGAAGCCGUUUUUGACCGCGAGGCUCGCAGCUCUUACCUGUUGGAGGUCCAGUCAGAAGACGGAGAAGAGUCGGCGCGGCCCGGCAAGAACAAGCAGCCCAACACAGACACGGCGUACGUGAGAGUGUUCAUCAGCGACAUCAACGACAACAAGCCGGUGUUUGCUCAGCGCCUGUAUGAGGUGGGCGUGGACGAGGACGCGGACGUGGGCCUGGCCGUCGUCACCGUCAGCGCUAAUGAUGAGGAUGAAGGCGCCAACACCAAGCUGCGCUACCAGAUAACAUCUGGUAACAAAGGUGGUGCUUUUGACAUUGAACCAGAAGUUGGGACAAUUUUUAUCGCACAGCCGCUGGAUUAUGAGCAGCAGAAGAGAUACAAGCUGCUGGUGCUGGCCUCAGAUGGGAAAUGGGAGGAUUACGCGGCUGUUGUGGUGACUGUGGUUAAUAAGAACGACGAGGCGCCUGUGUUUUCCAUGAGCGAGUACUACGGAUCUGUCAUCGAGGAGCUGGACGGGUCACCUGUGUUCGUGUUACAGGUGACAGCCACCGACCCGGACAAAGACGCAGACCAGGGCGCCAUACGAUACUCCAUACACGGCCAAGGGGCAGAGUCCCAUUUUAUGAUUAACGACAUCACGGGGGAGAUGUACGCUCAACGUACCAUGGACCGAGAAGAACGCGCUGUCUGGCGCUUCGUUGUCAUGGCAACAGACGAAGAAGGCGAGGGACUAACUGGUUUUACAGAUGUUAUUAUCAGUGUGUGGGACAUCAAUGACAACUCCCCUACCUUCUUGUGCGCGCCUGAUAAUUGCAACACUAAUGUGGCAGAGAAUUCUCCUCCUGGAACGUUUGUUAUGGAAAUGACGGCGGUGGACGCCGACGAUGCGGCCGUGGGCCAGAACGCCAUCCUCACGUACAGGAUCACAGAGAACGCUUGCGGCCCAGACGGGGCAGAACUUUUCUCCAUCGACUCCAGCACCGGCUCCGUUUCCGUGGCAGCAGAGGGGCUGGACCGAGAGCGGGCCGAUCGCCACCACCUGGUGAUAGAGGCCACGGACGGUGGGGGCAUGACCGGGACGGCCACUGUCACCGUCAUGGUGACGGACAUCAACGACCACGUCCCAAAGUUUCGAGAGGAGUGGUGCGGGGCCAGCGUCCCGGAGAGCACGCCGCAGGAUGCUCCUCUCCUGGAGCUGAGCGCCGUGGACCCUGACGAAGGCGUCCACGCCCAGCUGUCCUUCAGCGUGGUGGGGGGUGAUCCGGAGCAGCCUUUCUACAUGGUCAGUCACCGGCUGGAGCAGAGGGCCACUCUGAGGCUGAAGAGGAAGCUGGACUUUGAGCUCCCGGGAGAGCAGCGCUUCAACCUCACCAUCCGGGUGGAGGACUCGGACUUCUCCAGCCUCAUUCACUGUGUGAUUCAGGUGGAGGACGAGAACGACAACGCCCCCGAGUUUGUCCCCAAAUCCCACCAGCUCUCUGCGCUGCCCGAGGACGCGUCGGUGGGAACCAGCGUGGUUCAGGUGGUGGCCACCGACUCGGACUCGGGCCUGAAUGGGGACGUUUGGUACAGCAUCCUCCCCCGGUCUGACCCAUACGACCAUUUUACUGUCAGCCACGCCGGUGUGGUGGCUGUCGCCAAGCCGCUGGAUAGGGAGACGGUGGCAGGAUAUGAGCUGGUUGUCAUGGCAACUGACCGUGGCACGCCAGCAUUGACUGGCAGUGUCACGGUCCACUUGCCGCUGCUAGACUUGAAUGAUAACGGGCCAGAGCUGGAAGCCGCCUACACGCCCGUGCUGUGGGAGAAUGGUCCAGCACCUCAAGUGGUCUGGCUCAACCGAAGCUCCACUCUGCUCCACGUGGUGGACAGGGACUCCCCAGAGCACGGGCCCCCCUUCCUCCUGUCUCUGCCCCCAGUCUAUUCCGCCGACUUCCAUCUGCAGGACCAUGGAAAUGGCUCGGCCACGCUCACCACCCUCCGGAGAUUUGAUAGGGAGAGGCAGAGCGAGUUCCCCUUGCCCGUGAUAAUGAUUGACAGCGGCAUUCCGCCGAUAACAGCCACAAAUACGCUCACCAUCACUAUUGGCGAUCACAACGAUAACGCCCAUCAGGCGGGAGAGAAAGACGUCUAUGUGCAUAGCCGUAAGGGAAGGAUGGCAAAUGCAGCACUAGGGAAGGUUUAUGCCCCCGAUCCAGACGACUGGGACAACAAGACCUAUACUCUGGAGACCAGCGCAUCCAAAUUCUUCUCUGUGAACAAGACCUCGGGAGAGCUGACCAUCCGGCAGAACACGCCAGCAGGCAGCUACUGGCUGAAGGUCGGGGUGUCGGACGGGGUGUGGCCCGACGUGGUCUCGGGGGUCAGGGUGCACGUCAGGGAGCUGGAGGAAAAGGCCCUUCUGUCAGCCGCCUCUCUGCGUUUGACAGGGAUUACAGCCAGAGAGUUUAUCGACUCCAACGUGGAGGGGAAGAGACGGCUGGAGGCGUUCUGGGACUUCCUGUCUGAAGCCCUGUCCGUCAGCCCGGGAAACAUCAACGUUUUCAGCGUCGCCGACCGAGACCAGAGCAGCGUGGACGUCCAUUUCUACGUGCUCACUGAUAAUGGCUACUUGCAAGCAGAGAAAGUGCACAGCGUAUUCCAAGCACAUAAACAGAAGGUGCAGUCACUCCUGCGUGCCGCCGUCAGCCAGGUGCAGGUGGAUGAGUGCGGCCGCUCUGACUGCGCAGCCUCUGGCGGCUGCAGCACGCAGCUGAGCGUCACUGACUCGCCCACCCUGAUAGACUCCGGUGCUUUAUCCCUGGUCUCAGUGAAAGUGACGACCUCUGCGGUGUGUGGCUGCGCGGCCAGAGAAAUGACCCACCGGGCCUGCGCCUCCUACCCCACCAACCCCUGCCUCAACGGGGGGACGUGCAUCGACACGCAGAACGGCUACAGGUGCUACUGCCCCCCACAGCUCGAGGGGCCCAGCUGUCAGCAGACGAGGCUUGGUUUCCACGGCAACGGCUACGCCUGGUUUCCUCCCAUAAGGCCGUGCUUUGAUAGCCAUCUUUCACUGGAGUUUAUGACGGAGGAAGAUGACGGGCUGCUCCUGUACGCCGGCCCGCUGGCCACGCUCCUGCCGGGGGACGGCGAGGACUACAUGGCGAUAGAGCUCAUCGGUGGAACUCCAAGCCUUAAAGUCAACCAUGGCUCUGGGACUCUGGUGCUGCAGUUGAUCAAUAACGUUGGAGUGGCCGACCGACGCUGGCACCGCCUCGACGUGAGGAGCAACGGCAAAGAAGUGCGCUUCACUCUGGAUCGAUGCUCCAGUGCCAUCGUCAUGGAAACUGAAGGCGUGGACUCCUGGGCAAUGACAGAGGACCGCUCAUCCUGUGAAAUCCGGGGUGUCACUCCCAACAGGGACAAGUACCUGAAUGGAAGUCACGUGCUGCAGCUCGGCGGAGUCAACGAGAACAUCUCCUAUGAAUACCCACAGCUGCAGUUCAAGCACUUUAAUGGAUGUAUAAGGAACCUGCUUGUGGACAGCAAGCUGUAUGACCUUGGUUCCCCCGCUGAAUCCUCCAACGCUCUGCCGGGCUGCAGUCUUAUUGAUGACCACUGCACCAACGUGGGGCAGCUUCCCCCCUGUGGGAAGAGGGGCCGCUGUCACGGGGAGUGGGGCUCUUUCAGCUGCCUUUGUGAAAAAGGCUUUUCGGGCCCACGGUGUGAUCAAGCGGCUCCAGAGUUUUCCUUCGAUGGUCGGAGUCACGUUCAGGUCCAGCUCUUCUGGUCCCCCCCUGCAAGGCAGACUUUGGUGCAGAUUGGAGUUCGGACGCGUGCCGCCAGCGGCGUCAUCCUCAGCCUGAUGUCCCAGGAGCAAAGCGAGUACAUAUGUUUGGAGGUUGUGUGGGGGCUGCUGGCGGUUUUCUACAACCUGGGCGACGGAGACUACAACAUCACGCUGCCCCACCUCCGCCUGAACGACGGGGAGUGGCACCAGGUGGAGCUGGAUCGCUUCGGGCGGGAGCUCACGCUCCGGCUGGACGGAGGCGGGGGGCAACAAGAGGUCACGACCGCUCCGGGACAGAGUCAGGAGAUCCUGGUUGACCCCACCGUGGUGAUGCUCGGAAACUCCUUCCCCUCGGGACACAACCGCAGCUUCCUCGGUUGCCUGCGAGACGUGAGGCUGAACGGCCACCCCCUCCCUCUGGACAUGGAGAAGCCAUCAAAGGGACUUCAGGUGGUUUCCUCGCAGGGCGUCUCCGUGGGCUGCUCGUCCGACGCCUGUCGGAAGCAGCACUGCGCUGCUCCCCUGAUCUGCGUGGAUCUGUGGAGACACCAGGAGUGCAGAUGCCCUCCGGGUCACAUGACCAGAGAGAGCUCCUCUGGUAAAGUGUGCAUCUACACCCUGUGCGCCGGCCGGCCGUGCCGCCACGGCACCUGCGUGGCCCACUCGCCGUUGCGGUACUCCUGCCUCUGCAGCGACGGCUACCGGGGGCGCCACUGCGAGGUGGCGCUGGCCGUUUUCCAGGACGACGACAGCCUGAGCCUCAGCUCCAUGUUCGCCAUCAGCAUCUGUGUCAUGGCCUUUCUAGUGUUGAUGCUGGGGCUGUUUCUCUACUCCUGCUGGAGGAGACACAAGGGCCUCAAGGAGGGCGUGUACCACGUGUCUGCACACCACGGGGAGUGGGAGGACAUCAGAGAGAACGUGCUGAACUACGACGAGGAGGGCGGAGGCGAGCAGGACCAGAACGCCUUCAACAUGGUGGAGCUGCAGCGCUCCCUCCAGCCCAGUCCGGCCCAGUCCCUCCGCUACAGCUACCCCCAGAGCGUCAUCUCCUACCCGCAGACCAAGCCGCCCCCGGAGAGCAGCAAGAAGGGAACGCCAAACGGGAACGGCAGUGCCGCCAUCGCCCUGCGCCUCGCCAUCCCUCCCUCCGAGACGGAAACCUUAUCCUCCCCUUUGACCUUUCGCCGCUCCCAGCGAGCCUUCUCCUUCUCCAGCCAGGACUUGGCUCGCUACCUGUGCGAAGUCAUCAGGGACAUGGAGCACCCGGAGGAGCUGGGCGCCAUGACCACGCCGCGCCGCUCCUCCGGGAAGGAGAGAAGCCUGGCGGCCGUGCGCUCCCUCAGCUCCCUCAAUGCCUCUCAGGGCUCCCCGAGCAUCCGCAUGGACAGGUUCAAAACCCUCCGAGCUGUGGUGAGCGACCUGAAAGGAGACUCCAAGACUGGGGAGGGCCAGAGGAGUAAACUGAAGGAGAGCCGGGGGCAGCUGAACUGUGAGAAGAGCGGCUGAAGCUCCCCCCUCUCACACAGAACUGCAGCUCGCAUGAAAGCAACAGUCAUCAGACGUCGGCAGCACAAAUCCAAAGGGAGGUAAUUAAAUGUGAGAGACCGGCGGAUCACCAGAGUCUAUGUGAAGUCUGCUGUUAAUGUACCGUAUUGAUCAAAACUGAACAUUUUCGUUCUUUGAUAUAAAAGAUGUUUACCAAUGAAUGACCAGAUGUGAUGUAUUGUUUACUUGACAUUGCACUGUACAGUAUUUACUUUGCAGGCGCGUUUUCAUGUCAUCAAACUUAUGUCUGCAAGUGAGAUGGCAAACCAGUCUCCCGUCAGAAAACUGGACUUUUUUUGCUCUCGACGACUCAUGAAACCAUUUUUGUGACUAAAUGAGUUUGUUCCACUUGUGUUUUCAAUUUGCUUUCUUUCAAAUAAAUGAAUAUCUUUGAUAAUA